CUUACAUCCUCUCUACUAUUGUAAAAUCUGCAUCAUGCUAUGAUCUUCUCAUCUAUACAGCUCAGAUCCAUUGCAUCCGUACCCGCUAGACGCGUGAAUCGAUGUUUUCAUGUCGCAACAUUACGGCAAAAGACAUGCGAUCGCCUACGCGUGCUGUUCUGCGGAUCCGAUGACUUCAGCGUCGCUUCGCUACGGGCGCUACACCAAGAAAUGGUGGAUGGUUCGCCGGCCGACAUAGACUCUAUUGAAGUCGUUUGUCGACCCGGGAAGCGUACUGGGAGAGGCCUAAAGACUAUCACCCAUCCUCCGAUCCGGGCUGUAGCGCAAGAUCUUGGCCUUCGGCUCCAUGAAAUAGACACUUUCAGGCAUUGGCAAGCUCCUCUUGACAUCAAUCUUGUCAUUGCUGUCUCGUUUGGGCUGAUGGUACCCCGUCGCAUUCUGGAGGCUGCGAGAUAUGGCGGGUUAAAUGUUCAUCCCUCCAUGCUACCUGAUCUUCGGGGCGCCGCACCUUUGCAGCACACUUUGUUGCAACACCGAAAAUGGACCGGAGUGUCCGUCCAAACGCUGCAUCCGACAAAAUUUGAUCAUGGCGUCGUAAUAAACCAGUCGCCAUUUCCUGGUGUCCCUGUAGCUAAGGGAAGCUCAACUCUGGAGCUGCGAGACGUGCUUGCGCCACUGGGGGCUGAACUCCUGCUUCAUACGCUCCGAAACAAGCUCUUCGUAGACCCUAUCCAACCGGUGACGCUUUCAGAGGAGCAGAUUCGCACUUUGACUGGGAAUAUGGGCAUCGCUGCGGCCCCUAAAAUCAGACCUGAAGAUCGACAGCUGAAAUGGGAUGAAAAGCCGUCAAUAGAGGAUAUCUUGCUACGGAGUCAAGUAUUGGGACGGUUGUGGGAUGUCACGACGUAUUCCAAGGUCACCAGUGCCACCGAAACGAAGCGCAUCAUGUAUGAGAAUUGGACAGAACAUAGGAUCGAGGGCGACUACUUCGAACUUUCCGUUCAAAACGAUCUCAGUCUCCUCAUCCCUGUCGACACGCAGGAAGGCAUUGAUUCCGCUCGCCCUCUUCAGUUUGUUGUGCAACGCGAAGCAGACGAAAGCAAAGGCAGCUUUGAUAAGGGCAGAAAGAUUUACACGUCUGAGUUCACUGUUGAAGGAGGACCGAAGGGUGGCGGUGGAAAGGAACUGCUGCGCCAGAUGAUACGUCACCGUACGGACGGGUUAUUUGGCAAGCUGCGCGUUCCGUAAUUCGCCGUCGAAGGUAUAUAUCACGAACAAUCAAAUGGCACGCCUCCGGGCACAUCAGUCUGAUGACGAUCGCGGGCAAUUUAUGCUCGCGACCGGAGCAGACAUGCCACCUGCAAUAAUUAAAAAAAAUAAUCUUCCACCAAUCUUCCGGAACUUCCAGAUGCAGGGGAGAGGCUGG